AUGACGAUGCACGCUUCGGAGUGUCGCAUUGUCAAAUGUUACUCGAACUUUUAGGUUUUAAUGUCUUGGGAGUGGAAAGUUCCCCAGCGGAACCGCCCCUUAGGGUCGACUCUACUGUAUGAUAGCAAACAUGUACAAAUUGACACGAGUCAACCAAACACCUUUACUCACUUGAGGAUCUUCCACACAGUAAAAUGACCACCGGUGUGGAGCGAUUAUUUGACGAACUUGGACAUUUUAAAAGGUUUCAGGCAUGUGUCUACUUUGCUGCAAUUUUCCAGGCCAUCUCAUGUGGAAUACAUUACCUGGCCUCUGUUUUCUUAGUUGAAACGCCUAAAUUUCUUUGUGACGCUCCUUCAAAUAUCACAGAUGUCUUGUAUAAAAAUCACUCCUCAACAUCACUGGCGGGCAUCUGGACUCACUACAAGCCAGGUGAUGGGCCGGUGGUUGUAAGGACAGCUGUGGGAGACCAUUGGGAACUCAGUCCUUGUUUUAAAGCACUCCGGCAUGAUGCCGUCAAUUUUCAAUACGAGUUCUUCGGGAACAAGACUGUGGCAUCUUGUGCUGGCUUUGUCUAUGAUCAUAGCGAGGUCCAGCAGAGCAUUGUAACAGACUGGGACCUGGUGUGUGAAAAAGAAUGGCUGGCCAAGCUUACACAGCCAACUUUUAUGUUGGGAGUUUUAAUUGGAGCACUGAUAUUUGGGGACAUCGCUGAUAGAAUUGGGAGGCGGCCUAUUCUGAUAGCCACCAGCUUAUGUCAGUUUACAUUUGGCAUCAUUGUCGCUUUUACAGGAAAUUACUACCUUUUUUUGGCUAUACGUUUUCUACUAGCCAUGGUAUCCAGCGGGUAUCUGGUCGUAGUCUUUGUUUAUGUGACCGAGUUCACAGGAAGUAAGGUGCGCACAUGGACCUCUAUGCAUGUGCAUGCAGCCUUUGCUGUGGGAAUCAUGGUAGUGGCUCUAGUAGGGUACCUUGUUCGUGUCUGGUGGAUCUACCAGAUCAUCCUCACCCUCACGACCUCGCCAUUCUUGCUCUAUUGCUGGAAGUUUCCUGAAACCCCUUUCUACCUAAUGGCUAAAGGCCAGUACAAGGAGACCCAGGCACUGUUGGACAAGAUUGCUUCCUUUAAUGGCCUGCAACCUACGCUUAAGGUGUCAGAGCUAAUAGAGGAAUGUGAUGGAGUGCUCUUGACAGAUAAGCAUGCAGAUGAGACAGCCGUGGAAGUCGAGAAAAAGCUAAGCAUCCUGGACAUGUUUGGAAGCUUAAAAAUGGCCGGUCGCAGCGCCACCUGUUGGGCUAUUUGGUUCAUCGGAAGCUUGGGAUACUACGUCUUUAGCCUGGGAUCUGUCAACUUGGGAGGCAACCAGUAUAUCAACCUCUUCGUUGCUGGUGCUGUUGAAAUCCCAUCUUACCUAAUAGGGUGCUUUUUAAUGGAUCGUGUGGGUAGAAAGAAGACAUGCGCCCCAGCUCUGGUGCUCAGUGGAGUCGCCUGCAUGCUCAUUAUUAUCGUGCCCCAGGAUAUUGAAGUCUUGGCUAUAGUAUUGAGUAUGACGGGGAAAUUUGCUAUUGCCAUUGCGUUUGGUCUGGUUUACUUGUAUACCUGUGAGCUUUAUCCUACAAUCAUCAGGUCUCUGGCCGUAGGCAGUGGUAGCAUGAUGUGCCGGGUUGGAAGUGUCGUGGCUCCUUUCUGUGUUUACCUUUCUGACAUCUGGAUCUACAUGCCCCAGCUCAUUGUGGGAAUUCUGGCAUUCAUCGUCGGGAUUCUGACUAUGUUUCUUCCAGAGACUUUAGGACAACCCCUCACCUCCACUUUGGAAGAGGCUGAGGCUCUGGGAUCCAAGCCUAGAAAGGAAAUUUCAAUAGCGGAUGGGGUAGAGAUGAAUCAAACAAUCAAAGCUUGAAUCAGUGUUGUGCUUUAUGAAGAGACUAGAGAGAUCACAUUCUCUUUGAUAAUGCAUUGUUUUCGGAAAAUGUUUCUGAUCUUGGGUUAACACUUGAUGUUUUUUACAAACAUUUCUGAAGGUUCCAUUUAAAAGUGUAACUUUUAAACGUCUUUUGUUUAUACUCGAAUGUACUAUCAAUAGAAUAUACUUCAAUUCAGAAUAGUGUGGCCAUUCAUGCCAGUUCCGCCGGACACGUCCCGAACAUGUUUUCGGGUGCGUUCUCCGGAAGUCGCGUUGGUCGACCGCAUACGUCAUCAAGGUUUAAUAUUUCGGGUUCAAUUUCAGAAAAGCAACCGUUACAUUUCAAGGUAAAAAUGAAACUACAAUGAUAGAAAGAAAGAAAUCUUAGUUUUUUUAUGUAUUUUAACUGAAAUGUGAGAGCCUCGAUGACGUAUGCGGUCGAGCAACGCGACUUGAACCGAAAACAUGUCUUGCGGAACUGGCACGAAUGGCCACCCUAAUUCAGAAUUAACAAAACUAUAAACAUUAGUUUAUUAAGACACAUAAUGUUAAAGUAAUGUUUUUUUUUUUUAAGGAAAACACCACAGUUU